AUGCUGAGAGAUGUGUGUGUGUUCUGAGCUGCUGUCUGGUGGCCGCGUUCAAGAAAUAAAGUUGGCAGAAGCAACAGGAGAAGUUUCCUUCUUUGCUUCGGAGCUGAAUCACACUGACAAGUUAACAGACUAGUAGCGAACGGAAAAGAAGACGGCUCUUUUUUGUGUUGAAUACAGAAGAUGAGGACUUUGAUGGAUUUGUGGAUGAGGAUUGAUGAAAAAUAACGAUGGCCUCUACACGCGUGGGACUGUGCGCUAGACGCAGCAUCAUCUCAGGAUUUGAUGCCUGCGGCUACGCAACGUUCAGCAAAGCCUCCAACCAGCAGGAGCAAAGCACCAACGCUCCAGUGUUUCAGUAUGUGGGUCAGCACAGGAAACCCAGCCACAAAGUGUUCGUGUGGGGCUUCAGCUUCACCGGAGCGCUCGGUAUUCCCAGCUUUGUCGUGCCGGACAGCGGCCGCAAAAAGCCUCGCAAAUACCAGCUGACGCCUUAUAGAUUGGAGACCGCAGAGCAGAUCUCCUCAGCAGCUUGUGGUUACGGCUUCACCCUCAUCGCCUCCUCUACCAAAGACGUCACCAAGCUGUGGGGCAUGGGCCUGAACAAGGACUCGCAGUUGGGAUUUCAGCGCACGCAGCACAGCCGACACGAGAGCUACGACUACGUGCUGGAGCCAUCGCCCGUGGCGCUACCCCUCGCCGAGCCCCUGCGGACUCGAGUGGUUCAGGUGUCAUGUGGUCGCGCUCACUCUCUGGUGCUUACCGAUCAGGAAGGAGUGUUCAGCAUGGGCAACAAUUCCUAUGGACAAUGUGGACGGCGUAUAGUGGAGGACGAAGCCUACAGUGGCAGUCACAUGCUUCACAAGAUGGAGGGCGUGGGCAACAGCAAGGUGGUCCAAGUGGCGUGUGGACAGGACCACAGCCUCUUCCUUACAGAGGGGGGCCAGGUGUACGCUUGUGGGUGGGGAGCAGAUGGACAGACAGGUGUGGGACACCACAACGUGUGCUCCACGCCCACCCAGGUGGCGGGGGACCUGGCGGGGGUGGCGGUGCAGCAGGUCAGCACCUACGGAGACUGCAGUCUGGCCGUGUCCAAGGAUGGACAGCUGUACGGGUGGGGCAACUCGGAAUACCGCCAGCUGGCCUCCAUCAGCGAGGCCACGCAGGUCAACAUUCCUCAUCACAUCCCACUGAGAGGCUGUGGGAAGGUGGUGCAGGCGGCAUGCGGGGGCACUCAGGUGGCCGUCCUCAACGAGAGAGGCGAGGUGUUUGUUUGGGGCUACGGGAUUCUGGGAAAAGGCCCCAAGCUGUCGGAAUCCUCCACUCCUGAGAUGAUUCCGCCCACGCUGUUCGGACGCUCCGACUUCAACCCGUCGGUCACCGUCACCAAGAUCCGAUGCGGUCUCAGUCACUUUGCAGCCGUGACGGAUCGCGGCGAGCUCUUUGUGUGGGGGAAGAAUGUCCGAGGUUGUUUAGGCAUUGGCAAAAGAGACGACCAGUUCUUCCCGUGGCGGGUGACCGUCCCGGGUCAUGUGGUGGAUGUAGCAUGCGGCGUGGACCACAUGGUGGCGCUGGUCAAGUCCCUCCUGUGACGCCUCCCAUGAAAGGAACACGACUCACCAGGAUGAAGUCCGUCUGAUAGGUGGACAGCAUGAACACGGAGAUGUUGUGGUCGGCCAGCGGUGCAAUGACCGACUUCGCUAUCUUGGUGACGCCGAUGGGCUGCGAAUUGGAGGCGUUGCCGCCACCCGACACCACGUUGAGCGCCAACCACGUGGCGUCGGCGACGCUGAUGUGCUCCGAGUCCGGCAGCUCUGGUGGAACAAAAGGGACCCGUGACAAGCUGGCUGCCACUUCGAUUUAAAGCUCAUGUUUGUCAAGAGAUUCUGUUUUGGAUAAAAAUCUAUCAUCUCCCUCUCGUGUUCCCUCACUUAAGAAGAGGCGCUCCAACGCUUUCUUUUGAAGUUCCAGCUUUUCAUGGCGCCAUGAAAGGACAAAUGUCCUUCAGGCUUUGCUACACAUCUGAAAAUAAAGCCUGGAGCUCUGCCAACAGCCAGUCAGUCAUGUUGUUUUUCUUCAGCGAAUAGGCUAACCUAGCAUGGUGCUGCUACAAUAUGAGUGUAAUGUUAGCACUGUAGCAUCAUAUACGUAUAGUAGCUAUGCUAGCUAACAUUGGAUGCCAUCGCUGAUGGGGAUUUGAAGUUCAAGGAAAACUGCAUGUUUUUGGAAGUUUGCCCAUCAUCCACAAUGAAACAUGAACACACAUGAUGGCUUUCUCUUCUAUGCAGCUAGCAUGUGGGAGCUAACAAUUCACGUAAUGGGACACACCUAUUUUGACUAUAAAAAAAACGCCAUCAAUGUUCUACUUACACAACUGACGUGUAUAUGAACCAAGCUACAGCGAUGUUGUUACUGUAGCAGCCAACACGAACAACUAUUUUCUGGCGUAGUGACGCAGCGCCUCACGCUACUACCGAAAGGUAACGAGCUCACUCCAGAACGAUGCGAUAGGACACCAAUCAGCACUAACUAGGAAACACGACCACGCAUAUGAACAACUACGAACAGACAACCAAAUUGUCUGUAAAGUAUUAGCCCACUUUCCAUGUUUUGUUCAGACUGUGUCGUGAUAUCAUGUGCUAUGUGCUCCACGUAUCACAAUCAAUAUCAUGGGGACUUACUCCAUGGGCAGUUACUGUCUGGUCCAGCUGGUCUGGGGCGUCUUUUCCAGUUUAUUUUGGAAAGAAAGUUUGUAUGACUGCAGGGUUUGUUAGCGCUAACACAAUUCUUCAUUCGUUGUGAUGCAGUCUCUUGGAGCAGUGUCCUCCUGGCCAUCGAUGGUAACUAAUGUAUGCCACUCAGUGCAGCAGAAACACUCCAUUUCUGUCGGCAUGGCUUGACAAGCUCCACAUUUACAGCGCCAAGUCAUGCCUGUGUAAUGACUCGCCCCCCAUCUGCUAUGAAGUUUCACUCUCUCUUCUUGCGGGGUCAGCUUCUAAAACCUGUAGCUCAUCCUCCGUAUAUUCAGGCUCAAAAAGAUGAGGUUCUGUCCAAAAGUAGUCGUCAUUGGCGGCUCUCAUGAAGUCUGCCAUGAUUAGUAGUUGCAAACAGACUUGUGCUUUCUAUGCUGCUAUUGUUGACAGAAGUAGCAUUAGUUCCUAUCAGCAGGUUAUGUGAAAUCAAUGUGCCCAGGAAAGAAGUUCCGUAAUAUUUAAAUGUUAAAAUGUAAAAAAAUAUGGCAAAAUACUGAUAGUAUUACAUAUUACCAUGAAUGUACCCGUUACCGCAUGGUCACAGCAUGUAUAUAAAACGAUAAGAUGCUGUUGGAGUUUUUUUUUUAGAGGGCUUUACAGUUGAAACAGGUGUGUCCCAUGACGUGCAUUUUUAGCUCCCUCAUGCUAACGGUGUUUCUCUCUUUACAAUGCGCAGAAAAGAGACGUGUGCUCAUCCAUCCAUCCAUCCAUCCAUCCCUUUUCUAUGCCUCUUCUUCUCAUUAGGGUCACGGGGGUAUGCUGGAGCCUACCCCAGCUAACUUCGGGCGAGAGGCGGGGUACAUCCUGGACUGGUCGCCAGCCAAUGGCAGGGCACAUAUAGACAAACAACCAUUCACACUCACAUUCAUACCUAUGGACAAUUUAGAGUCUCCAAUUAACCUGACAUGCAUGUUUUUGGAAUGUGGGAGGAAGCCGGAGUACCCGGAGAAAACCCACGCACGCACGGGGAGAACAUGCAAACUCCACGCAGAGAUUCGAACCCAGAUCUUCCGGAUCUCCUCACUGUGACGGUGUGGGACGUGCGCUCAUCGUUCACAUAAGGAUUGUGGAUGAUGGGCCAAAUUACAAAAAAGGUGCAGUUUUCCUUUAAGAUAGACUUCAGACUUCCAAAAUGACCCUGAGUAGUAUUUGGCAUUAGAGGUUCCAACUGUGUUUAUUUACAAGCUAGCAACCUUUCGUAUCUUGGCAGCUGACUGAACUGAAGACUUGUGAUUUACCUUGAGGUUACGCGUAAUGACUUCUCUGACAGCGGCUUGAACUUCAGGCUUAUUUCACAACACUAUACGCACUUUAGCAUCACAGAGCUAUGCUAGUUUUGCUAACGUUUCACUCCUUAACGUUACUACGUUGUAUGCGAUGUAUGGCAUCGAUUACGUUUGGCAAUAGUUACAGUCUCUAUGUCAAAAGUGGAUCAAGUGGACAACAGCGCUUCUGGGAGACAAAUGCAGCUUAUUAGCAUGAAGCUACCAACACAAAACAGCGUGUUCCCAGCAGGGUUUACCAAAAGCACGUUUAAACUGUCAACAAUCCAGCAUCAAGGCCAACACGCUUCCAUUACACGAAUGUGGGACUACUGUAUUGUGCAGCUUAUUUCAGAUUGUUGACAAACAGUAGCGUUCGUGGUAGCUGGUGUAAAUGAUGAUGGAUCAGGCUUAUUAAUUAGGUUGACGGAACAUUUCACUCAUCAACCACCAUGUCUACAAAGUGAUGAUGGUAAGUAAUCGUACAUUUAAGCUAGGUUAACAAACGGAGGUUUCCCCAUCCUGCAUUUUCCUUAAAUCACCCGUAAAAAAUACCUGUGACGGUUAUGAAACACACAGGCUGUGGUCUCCAGGGAAACGGAGGAGAAGGGUUUGUAAUGACAUGGCGGACUCAGUCAGCCAAACAAGCCAACGGCAGCUUAGACCCACAUCCAUAGUGACAAUGUGUGCUCAAACAUUACUGGGUUACACGGUCACUUUUUUUUGUCUUGAUCUGUGGUUGCUGCAGUGACCGUCCAGCGCAGGCUCACCUUUAAAGCCCUCCUCGUCCACAAUGAUGGUGUAGUCCUCUGGGGUCUCUGUCAAGCUGAAGAACUUGCACCUGAGUGAGACGAAAAAAGGGAGGUGAGGUCACACAGUGGAUGCAGGAUGCGCAUUUACAACCUCAGAGCCUGACUUGACCAAGUCUGGCAUCUUGUUGGGUCUCCUGCUUCCACAGAGCAUCAAUGUGUCUGCUUGGUGGAUCCAGGACUAACACCCGUAAAUGUUACCAUUCAUCAGGGCCAUACAAUUGCAAGAUCUUGGCAUGGCUUUGUAAAAAUAAAAAUAACACCAUCUUCUGCACGUUAGUCAUGUAGCGGGGGUGUCCAAACACAAACAUUUUACACUUGAGACUAACACAUUGCUCGAACAGAUUUCAUUUUUUGUGUACAACAUUUUGUAAUUGUACUUUUACUUAUAUAGGAUGUGUGGAAAGUAUUUUAUUUUUUAAAUCAGUUACAGAGUAAAUGACGACGGGUAUCGGAAUCAGCAGCAUAAAAACCCUGAUUGCAGCAUCACUAGUUUUUAUUAGCUUGUAUCAACAUUUGCGUUUUUUGUAGUUCCAGUGUGGUUUUUUUGCUCUAUUCUACCAACAUGGCCCCUGCGCCACACUUUGGACACCCAUGCGUGUUUGGUGUUGCCAGACGAUGAAGUGUGUCCAAGCUCUGCCUGUCUUGGCUCUGUCGCUGGGCAGAGAUUGGGUUGCAUUGUGGAGGGGUGUAUACGGCUUUCAGACCACAUUGCACAGUGGGCCGCCACUCCCGCUUGCCUGCGCAGCCGAUAAUUCAUCUUUGUUGACCCUUUCAUUUCCGAAUAAUUUUUCUUCAGUUUAUUGAUCCGUUUAGUUACAUUUGUUUGAACAAAUAUAGCUCAUAAGAGUUUAAGAGCUGAUAUCUAGCAACUUCCAUGGUUUUCUUAAUAAUAACCAAAAUCACUUUAAGUUCUUACAUAACUAUAGCAUUGUACUGCCAAAAAAUGUAACUGUGAUCAGCUAUUUUUGUUGUCAUUGUUAUAUUUGUCCAAACAAAACAGGCAUUAAAAUGAACAAGUAACUGAAGAAACAAGGGUGGUCUAAUCAUUUUUUCCAUGACUGUAACUUCCACUGGUGAUCGCCCGUGCUUGUAAAAUGCGCUCAGCCAAAUAUAACAAGCGUGACUAGAACCGCUUGGUGAUUAAGGGUGCAGACAAGUCCAAAUGUCUAAGCAUUUUAUGCUGACAAGUCUUAAGUAAGAUUGAUCAAAUGAAUUGCGACAGUUUCUGUUUUGACAUUAACAAAGCAGCUGUUCAACUGUGAUGGAAAAAACAGCCACUGGGAUCACCACGGUAGGUUUGAUUUCAAGGUUUAUAGGGUGCAUAAAGAACUUAGUGUGAGGUUCCAAUAAUGCCUUGCUCACUGCCACUUCCAUAUUACGUGUAUUAUCAUUCAUAGUAGCGAUGCCAUAAUUCACAAUCUGAUUGGCUUUUGGUUGCCUUGUUCUCGUGACACAGAUUUUCUCCAAGCGAGAAAUCUCAUCACGUUUGAAUCCUGCAAGAUCUCGUCACACCCCUACUUAAAACAUAAGAAAGUAUCUUUACUUUUACUGCUAUAUUUUUAAUUGGGUACACAGUACUUUUACUUAAGUUGAUUUUUAGACUUAGUCGAAUAUUUUAGUACUCUGUUUAUUGCUAAUCAACACCAACUGAGCUCAGUGUUAAUACUGCACUUCAUCAUACUGACUUUUUAGUGUUUUGUCACACUCAUACAUACUAGGGGUGUGUCAAUCCAAAUAUUGAUAUCUGAUAUCAUCUAAAAAAAAAAAUUAUAUCAUGGAUUAUAUCACUCUGCAUCUAAAAUCUCCGAUAUUGCCACUCCAAUACAAGCGGUCCGGCACGUCCAUCCAGCAGCAGCCAGACAGAGCCCUCGUAAUCACAACCGCAGCAUGUGUUAACGCGUUAAGCAUGGAGUAGGAGUGACAUCAACCGUGUGUAUUUUUCGUUAAAGCCCGAAAAAGAUGUUGGGGCUGAGUGCAAAACUUGUCAUGCACAAGUUUCCCGUGGUGGCACACAACUGGGGAAGUUUAAUACGGCAAACUCAUCGCCCAUUUGAAGCAGCGUUACACAGGAAACUCCCACGGCGCGACAAGACGUCAUUAGCUAUAAGAGAAAAGGUGACCAGCCACUGUCUGUGGUAAAGUCGGGUUUAAACGCUUAAUUGAGCACCUCGAACCUCUCUAUAUUCUGCCUAGCCGCCACUGCGUUGUGGAUAAAACUAUACCCCACAUGCAUAAAGAAGUAAAUGGCUCUGUUUUCGCACAGCUACUGUUGCUGAUGAUUGUUCUGUUUGAGUAAUAUCACGUCAAGUCACAAUCAAGUCUUUUCUAACAUUCCACACUACAAAAUAAGUUCUAAAAGUAUGUAUGAUUCGUGCUGAUAUCGCAUUGACAUCGGUAUCGACUGACAAUCAAUCUGCAAUUAUGGAUCGGAAGUGAAAAAGUUGUAUCGGGACACCCCUACUCAAUACCCCAAAAAAGUACGACACACACUCCUCAGCAGGACUCUGCUGUAAAGUACAAUAACAACUAAGCAUUAUUAUUUCUGUAAGGGCCUAUUUUGCCAAUGGAGCUUUUGUAUUGGAUCCAAGAGAACAGGUCUGACCUCCAAGGUUACUUGACCAAAAAGAAACAAAUAAAGCCUGUAAUCAUGCCGAGUGAGCUUUGACAAGCAUACAAUACCACAACAACAACAGAUUAGCAGAUGAAUGCGCGCCAUAUUUGUCUUAAAGGUGUGAAAAACUGCAGGAAGGUGAUGGUCCUGUCAUGUGGAGUCAUUUUAUUGUGCACAAAUUGUUCCUGCGUCAUUACGAGCCCUACGUAACCACGCGCUGUAUUUCAGUAGCCUGCAUACCAUUCCAAGAUGCUAACUCAACGCUGCAUUAGUCAAAUUCCCAGCGUGAGUAAGGAACUUCUCAAGGAGUCUUUGAUGGGAGUGUUGUUGAACUCUGCACGACCUCGUCUCUUUCCCAACCAGAAACAUUAAUGACAUCAAAUAUUUGUGGACGGCAGGGACGGGAGUUCCUCAAUUUGGGAGCGCUACAGAAUCCCUUUGAGAGCUGACAGACAUCCCUCACAAAUACAGCCACUCAUUACUACUUUAUUUUGUGCCAACGUGUGUUUUAAGUGGCUAAAUCUUUUUAGUAUCUUUUUUUAAAUUUUUAUUUAAAUCACGUUUUCUGCUAAAUUAUGGUUAAGGCCGGCGUCUACCAAUCAAUUUACCUUGGGGCUGCUGAAGCUGGAGCCUGGGUGAGUCUGGGCGGCAUCAAGUAUUCACUCCCCGUUUCAACUAGACGACUACCAAGCUGACAAGAGCAUAAGUGCUGGUAGCCCAUAAGUGGAAGAAAUAUAAACCACAAGUAUAAAAUAUGAUACUGUGCCACUCUUGAGUUGCUCAAAGGAUGGUUAAAGGACGUUGCUCCUUAAAUUGGACGAGGCAUGUUGGGAGCCGCCUUCACUCUUGUCGCUGAGCGUACAUCCGGCUUCCGAGCAGGCCUUGCAGUACGUGCUGAAGUUACACGUUAGUUAACAUACAGUACUGGCCAAAGGUUUGGACACACCUUCUCAUUCAAUGAGUUUUCUUUAUUUUCAUGACUAGAUUCUCACUGAAGGCAUCAAAACUAUGAAUGAACACGUGGAAUUAUGUACUUAACAAAAAAGUGUGAAAUAGCUCACUGUCACUGUUGAAAUAGUCCACUGCUCAUGUCAAAAAACACUACAACAACUAUCACCUUUAACUUUUCAGAGUGGACAGAUAAAGCUGUAAACUUGCUCACUUCAACUUUACUGUAAACUUCAGCUGCAGGUGCAAUCAUCAUUACACACACUGGCCCACCUCACUUUCUGUUACGUGUCUCCCUUAAACCGUUCCCCCUGCCGCCCCCGUUAACUAGGAACCUUUACAUUACAAUCCUAUCGCUACCUUCCUACUUUGCUAACACUUCUUUCUUGAAUUCAAUAGUGCUUCUAACCUUCUUUAUUAAAAUUCUGCCACUUUUUUCCCCAGCUGUAUUUAUUAAAAAAUAAGCAAAAAUAAAGCACAGAAUCCUCUUAUACUCAGAAAUAGGCAGUGCACUUGAACGCUUCAUCAGUGCAUGGCGCGGUGCUUGAAAGAAGGAAGGAGACAGAUACAGAGUUGUUCAUGGUUCAGUGUGUGUUCUAUGAACAAAUAAACCACACACAUAAUAAAGACGAUGACAUAUUCAAGCACGAUGAUCCUGGGUAAGUCACCUGCACUAUGCACACUAGUGUGUCCCCUAGGUUUAGCAGUAAGCGCACUGUAAUGCGAUCGCUCCUCGACAGUUACGUACUCACAUGUCAUCUUUCAUUAUGAAAGCUAAAAGACGCAACAAAAUAAUCCACAAAGUCAAAACCUGUGGCGCGCUCCCUCAAAGACAUGUCACAUAAUUAGCGCGAUUGCUCAUUCCGCUGUACGCCAUACACAGAUUUGAAAUGGUCAACAUAAAACCAUUGUGGAGACAGAAAUGACGCUUUGUCGUGGAAAUAAGAUCAAAUAAAACAAGACUAUUCAGUUUGUUGAAUAAAAAGGACAAGGUAUAGACCUGCUAAUCGAGUCUGCUAAUUUCCGUGAACUAGUCGUAAAUGCAAUGUGAACGCACCGCGAAUGCACAGCCACCUAUGCCUAAACAAUGCAGGAGGUGUCAAAGCGUGUCGCAUUCACAUGAAUGAGGUAACUUUUCCACCACCUCUUGAAGCAAGUUGGGGGGGUUUCUCAAGUCAUUUUUGUAGCCUGUUGGAGCUUUCCUGGAAAUUUCUGUUAAUAACUAAUCAUAAUGCCCAAAGCGAUGUCUUCUAGUCAGAAGUUCCCUCUCCUUGUGUCUCAAUUUUUUAUUGCCUCCUUCCUGCUCUUUGCGCAUUCUUUCUGUAGCUGCAAGACAAUAGAGACUUACCUUUCUUUUUAGCAUGAGCUUCUUCUCUGGAGUUCAACAUCUUGUAGGUCCCUUGCAAAUAGAGGAAUUAAUGAAGCUAGGAUUGACGCCUGCUGUUGCAUGGCGUCACGUGGGACACAGCUGGACCAAAUAAUGCCAAGACUGCUUCACGGAUGCGGGAAGCCAUGGUGACAAUGCAUACCCAUGCAGGAACAACGGGUGCCGCACGUACUAUUGUUGUGCACUACACGUAAAAUGUACUCGACAAGGUGUAAAUAAGUCGUGCGGAAGGCAUGCGGAGGCAAAAUGCAUGCAAACGUAAACACCACUUAACUUUGUCAAGUCUGGUUCUCAGCUCACAAGUAGUUAUUAUGGAGUGUUAUGAGAAGUUCAAAAAGAUUAUCACUGCCAAAAACAACACUGUUGCAGCCAACAGAGCGAGGGUGGACUGCUGGCAGAGAAUUGCUGAGUGUGUAAAUGCAUUAAUAAUCAGUUACUGAUUAUUAUAUCAUAACCUGAGUGUUUUCAUUUUUGAAAGCUCAACAUUGUGCAACUUUUACAUAGAAACACUUAUACAUUUAAAAAAUAAAGUGGAGCAACAAUUCUCUUUUUUCAUCUUUGAAAUAUGUCUAUACUGUUGUCAUAGUUUACUGAUCUCAAUUAUAGUGUGUGUGUCAUGUGCUGUACCUCAUGUUGACCACUAGUGGCAGUGUUGAUGUGUUUUGUAAAGUUUUUCCUUUGUUCUGAAGAAGUGUUUUCUCCCAGUUGAUUAAUGCCUCUGAGUGCUUAUUCCUCCAGCAAACAUUGAAAUAUAAGAAACUACAGUAUAAGAGGAGUCUAUCCAAUUUGUUGCACAGCACAAGCAAAUCUUUUCUAUCAAGAGUUGUUGCACAGUUAUGAGUCUUUGUGUCAUGGUGGUGGUGAGUCGUAUGCGUCACCAUGGCGACCUAAUUGCUGUAGAAGCCGGCAGGCCGGGCUUGCUUCUGAUCAGCUGAUUCCACUUGUGUUUUCAACUCCCAUUAGUGUUGAACACACGAUUCAUCCAUUUUUAUUCAAAUAGCAAAAAGCUGAGAGGUAUGUAGGAUAAGCACAGAAAGGAAAAGUGUGUUGAGGUGAGAAAGGAGGCCCAAUAGGAGAAUCCAAGCGAGCGAUAAGGUUGAAAGUAUGCUGCUGAAGAGGCUUAUCAGCAGGUAGGAGGAGGCAGCAAAGGCUGUUGCCUCAAUGAAAUAGAGGAAGUGAGGAGAUGCAAAAUUUAACGGAACAGUGACUACAUUUCCUUGACCGA